GUCAGAUCAGAUCAGAUCAUCUCAAAUCCUUCGUCUUCGCUAGCAAUCGGCGCUCACUCGCCAACAGCCCCGACACAGCCGACAGCUUCUCUCCUUGAUCUCCUUCGUACUCUUAUACCCUCAAGCGACAUCUGUAGUCCCCGUGACCCCUUACACUUCAGCCCCACCCACCACCCAGCCAACUUCCCACCAUGCUCCACCCAGACUACACCGCCGGCGACGCCGAGCUGCACUCUGCCGACGGCGUCGUCUUCCGCGUCGACCGCACCCGCCUCUCCCAAGCGAGCCCGUCGCUCCGCACCCUCCCGCUCCCCGCCCACCUCCCCACGCCAGCCGACACGCUCGCACCCUUCCUGCGCGCCGCGCUCGGCGGCCCCCUCCCCCUCCCCCACAACCUUCUCGACGCCCGCGACGCCCUCCUCCUCCUACAGAGCUAUGACUGCGCGUCCGCCCUCCGCGCCGCCGUCACAGAGCUCAAGGUCCGCCUGAUGGACGGCGCCGCGUGUCCCGUCCAAGUCUUCGUGCUCGCCGCUCACCUCCGCGACCUAGACCUCUGCCGCACUGCCAUCGUACAUGGCGACCAGCCCAGUCCCAGGCAGUCGUACAGCGACGUCUUCUACGACUCGGACGACGACGAGCCCGCCUCCCCUGGCGCGGCGGACGCCGCUGUUCUCGCCCACCUCGACACCAUCCCCCAGGAGUACCGCGCCGCCAUGGCUGCAGCGUGGAAUUCGUCUAGUGACCCCCGCGAUCGCGGAAACAGCUUCGUCCGGCACAUGUGCCUAUCGGCCAACUAGCCGGCCCGCGGAACGAACUCAGCCCCACCCUCGCUCGCUUCCCGGCGCCACUGCCAACUUCAGCCAUCAUUUUUCCUCAGCAUUCAAUCUGAUAUCAGCAUCCCUGUCCAUUGCUUUUACCUUGUACCACCCUCUCACAUCGACAUCUUCGCUGUGCCCAGUCCAGUCCAGUCAGCAGUCAGUUUCUUCAGCCAGUCAACCAGUCCAUUUAGAAAAGAAAAAAUCAGCUUGCCGCUCCGUCAUGCAAUGUGUGUCAUAC